AACGACCGGACAACAACAAACUCUCGCAAACAGUCGCAUUGCAUUCUGGGACUUACAGUUUGUGCCACAUAUCCGUUUAGAAACGUCAACUAGUUUGUACAGUCACACCGAGCCGCAAAGCGAGUCCAGCGGCAACAACUGCACUGCUCCGCUUUCAGGAUGUUUACCCGGGACUCUGGUUCUAUAUCUGGAUAUCGUGCCGCGGAGUUUAACUUGAGACUACGGAAAUAGUUCCUGUUUAAAAACUUUGGCGACUCCAUAGCUAAUGAAGAAUAGCUACUUAAGCGAAGCGUAUCGAAGAUUAGCUAACUAAGCUAACAACCACAUUGAAUGGGAGAAGGAGAGUGCGCUGUUCUCUACGUUUAUUUUGAACCGAAACUGUGGUCUAGGUAUAGGACAAUAAUAUAAUUAUUUUAAACACCGUGCACAGACUUGGGACAUAUAUACGGCUUUUUAAAGCUAUUAUGGGGCACUGCAACAUGAAUCACAAUAUGCAUAGUUCGUUGUGGGGGCUGAGAUCCGUGGUGAUAUCAGCUGUGGGAGAUGUAUUUCACUGAUUCCCCGACCGAAUGGUCUAUCAGGUUGCCAGGAUAUUUCUCAGAGGAGGUGUGUUAAGCUGCGAUCAUCGCUUUCAUUUGCAAAGAAUGUCCGACUCCGAAAGUUCCGGUUCAUUUUUCGGUUUGGAGGACCCGCAGUGGUUAUGCAUGGUCACACUUUUCUUCGCAUCCCUCGUUACAUUGAUAGUGUAUUUCGUACAGUAUGUCCAGCGUCGGGGUGUAGGGAAAAGGCAGACAGCAGCAGGGGACAAUGCGGCGAAGGAGGAAGCCGGGGCUCUGCUGGGAUGGGCGCUGUCACAGAGGAGCUGGAAGAGUCAGUGGAGAGGAGCUUGGUGCAGGGCAUUGAAUGACCAAUCGAAGAAGAGUGGGGGUCCUGUUCGGUUAACAUUCGAAGAUGAUGACCUUGAGGCGUCAGAACUAAUGGUCAGCCAAGUAUCCAGCUUUCAAAAGUCUGCAGGGAAAAAAGGCCGCUUGCUGCAGUGUGAUCGGGGAGAAGCUUCAGUUCUCUGUCAGUGCAGCCUCCACAGCCAUGCCUUCAGCAGAGCCCUGUAAAUACACAGUGUGUAUCGCUCCACUGGAGCUGCAGCUGGACCUUCAGAUGCAGGAGGCUAAAGACGAGGUGAAGGUGAUCUGGGGGGUGACGCACCUGGAUUCGGGGGUGCUACAGGUCACCCCCACCCUCACCCAGGACCAUGCCUCCUCCUGCCGUGCAGCGGCCCUGCAGCAGCAGCUGAGGGGGCUGCUGUGUGCAGCGCGCCCCUCUGUGCUGCUCAGCUGUAGGCCUGCUCAGGCCUCACAGCUCAAGGGUGCAGGCAACAAUGUGGUUUCACCCCCAAAACCCCCCCGCGCCCACGACUGGAAGCUGCUGGUGAAGAACAUCCGGGUGACCCUGAAUCAGGAGGAGGAUGCUGCAG